AAAUUCGGAACCAGAACUGAUCCAAACCGACCCAGCUGUGAGGUGCGCUGGUGAAGAUGAUUCUCCACUAUGCUGCGAGGGAGCGUUAUUGUCAGGCGGCCAGCGCUCCCUACGUCAUAGGGGGAGCCGCCAUUCGCCGGAGCUUUGGCGGUGGCUCCGAGGUCGAAACGGAAGGACGAAAUCGGUUCUCACUUUAUAAUCACCGAUUUGUGCUGCCCAUGUCGCCAGGGAGAGCACUAAAUGUGGUUCUCCUAAGGACCGAGGCAACGAGGGGAAGUUGUGUCGAGUAAAAUAUGGAUCAGUCAGGGACGGUGAAGGUUGACAGUCUUCAACAACGACCUCCAUAACCGCUGCAGAAUUGGAUCGUUUUAAGCUAUUGAAAGCAUUGGAUGUUCCGGAGACUCCAAAGAAGAAGAAUUUAUGCAGCUACUGCAGUCUAAGUGGCUGUGCUGAAGUUCUACCUUCUUCAACCUAGGUUUGAUCAUUGUUUUGUUUUUCUUCUAAUUUAGUGUUCUCUAGUUUGUAUACUUCAGUAGGAAAUUUUUAGAUUUUUUCCAAACCCAAUUUAUUGAAAGUAAGCACCACUGUUGUUUUCAAAUUUGUUGGAUGGCUUUCAACCAAGGAUUCAUUGUUUUUCUCUUCAAAACAAACAAGUCUAUUUUUC